AGUAAAUCAUGUACCACUAACAAGUCCCAAGUCCUCUACUUAAACACAUGGUGACGAUAACCCAACUCCUUACAUUCAGGAGAUAUCUCAAUCUUCCAAUUCAAUACUUUUUGCAAAGAAUGGUUUCAACAUCUCCUCCAAAGGAAGUUCAAUCCAUCAGGAAAUGGGCAGAAGGUGAUCCUACUCGCAGAGCCAAAUGGUGGUACUCCACUUUUCACACUGUCACGGCCAUGAUAGGUGCAGGUGUCCUCAGCUUGCCCUAUGCCAUGGCCUAUCUAGGAUGGGGUCCAGGAACAAUGGUUCUGGUAUUAUCAUGGUGCAUGACCUUGAAUACAAUGUGGCAGAUGAUACAACUGCAUGAGUGUGUCCCUGGAACUCGAUUCGAUCGAUACAUUGACCUCGGGCGAUAUGCUUUUGGAUCGAAACUCGGAGGAUGGGUAGUGUUGCCUCAGCAGCUGAUUGUUCAAGUUGGAUGUGACAUUGUGUACAUGGUUACAGGAGGGAAAUGCCUCAAAAAGUUCAUGGAGAUUGCCUGCACCAGCUGCACACAGCUCAGGCAGUCCUACUGGAUCUUGAUUUUUGGUGGUACCCAUUUCUUCCUGUCUCAGCUUCCCAAUUUCAAUUCAGUUGCUGCUGUUUCAUUAGCUGCAGCAGUUAUGUCUCUGAGUUAUUCAACCAUAGCCUGGGCAGGUUCCUUGAGUCACGGUCAGAUCGAUGGUGUGAGCUAUGAUUAUAAGAGCACAAGUCCGACUGACUUCAUGUUUCGAGUGUUCAAUGCACUAGGCCAAAUUUCAUUUGCAUUUGCUGGUCAUGCAGUUGCCCUUGAAAUUCAGGCCACAAUUCCAUCAACCCCAGAAAGGCCUUCGAAAAUACCGAUGUGGAAAGGUGCACUCGGAGCCUAUUUCAUAAAUGCCAUAUGCUACUUUCCAGUAGCCAUGAUAGGAUACUGGGCAUUCGGUCAAGAUGUCGAUGAUAAUGUACUUAUGGCACUCAAGAAACCUGCAUGGCUCAUAGCCUGUGCUAACUUGAUGGUGGUUGUUCAUGUCAUUGGAAGCUACCAGGUUUAUGCUAUGCCUGUGUUUGACCUGCUGGAGAACAUGAUGAUCAAAAGGCUCAACUUCCCACCAGGGAUUGCUCUCAGGCUCAUAACUCGAUCUACUUAUGUAGCAUUUACCCUGUUCAUAGGAGUCACUUUCCCUUUCUUUGGAGAUCUUCUGGGUUUCUUUGGUGGAUUUGGCUUUGCUCCCACUUCAUAUUUUCUUCCCAGCAUAAUGUGGUUGGUGAUCAAGAAACCAAAAAGGUUCAGCCUCAAUUGGUUCAUCAAUUGGGGGUGCAUAUUUGUAGGAGUGUUCAUUAUGAUGGCAUCAACAAUUGGAGGUUUAAGGAAUAUCAUAGCAGAUGCUUCAACAUACAGUUUUUAUACAUGAAUGAAUGAGCAUUGCAUGUUGUUUCAGAUGGAUGUAUUAAUGUGAAUCCACUGAUCAAAUACUUGCUUUACCUUCAAGCCACUCAAUGUCCUAGUGAUUUUAUAUAAAUUGAGCAAGUUUUAUAUAUAUAUAGCAUAAAGUGGUUAAAACUUAUAAA